UAAUAAGAUAAAGAGAUAACUGAGAAUUGACAUCGACUGUGAGUCUUACAUUUGGAUUUACUCAUGAUAAGUUAAUCAGCUUCUAUUUCAGCAAAAGGCGAUGGGAAAAUUCCUGUUCAACACGGGUAAACCUCCACAGAUUAGGUUGCCUUUUCAUCUCUUUAUCCUGCAGGUUAGUAGCCUCUUUUGUGUUUUCUGAACACUUUUUCUUUGCUCAGGGUGAGAGACGAUCCCAGCCAUGAUCCCUCCCAACAGGCAACAGGGCUAACACCACUGGAUGAGGGUGCUGCCGAGAGAUGAGACAUCCAUCCCCAGCUGGGAGGAUUUUCCUGGAUGGCACAGUAUUUUAGAGAUGAACUUCAGCACAAAUGCCCAUUGCGGCAGUCACACUAGCAAAGAAAACAUUUCACCUCCAAGCAAAAUAGAUGCACUGCAGGUCCAGCGAGCCAAACAGCGGACAGUUCUUGGUGUGUUGUCAGAAAACGAUCAGCGUGGCCGAUCCUUCAGCCAGGGAAGCCAAUUUUCCAAACACAGUUCGAUCUCAGACAGCUCCCAGCUCACCUUUCUUGGCCGCCCCUCCAGUUCCACCUUUGAUGUGUAUGUUGAGGAGGCUUGUGAAGUUGUUCUUGCAGAAUCGGGUCAAGAAGUGGUCUCAGACAGCUAUUACCUGGAUGCUGAAACUUCUGCCCUGCAAAAUCCAGAUUUGGGAUUCCUGCUGGAACUGAGUUCAAGUUCAUGCCAGGAUGCGUCUAUGCAGUCUGAACCAGAUAAAUCCCUGAUGUCAGAGGAGGUGCUGUGCGUUUCCGAGUAUGCAGAGGACAUUCAUCUGCACUUGAGGGAGAGUGAACUGAGGUCCAGGCCAAGGCCAGGCUACUUAGACAGACAUCCAGAGAUCACCAACGGCAUGCGGGUCAUCCUGGUGGACUGGCUGGUGGAAGUCGUCCAGGAAUACAAGCUUGGUUCUGAAACUCUGCACCUUGCUGUCAACUAUUUGGACCGCUUUCUCACCUGCACAGCAUAUGUGAAACGGGGAAAGCUGCAGCUGGUCGGCACAGCUGCAUUAAUGAUUGCUGCAAAAUAUGAGGAGAUCUUCCCUCCUGAGCUGAACGAGUUUGUGUACACGACAGACAGCACCUACACUAAGAGGCAGCUGGUUCAGAUGGAGCAUGUUUUCCUAAAAAGGCUGGCAUUCAAGAUGGCAGCCCCUACCACAAACCAGUUCCUUCGCCUUUUCAUGUCCAUCCACUCAGUCGGUGCCAACACAGAGAACCUUGCCCUGUAUAUAGCAGAGUUAAGCCUGCUGGAAAUUGAUCCAUUCCUGCAGUACACCCCAUCUAUAGUGGCAGCUGGAGCCUACUGCCUAGCCACUUACACUGUAAACAAAUCUCUCUGGCCCGAUUACUUACAUGUCUUUACCGGUUAUACCACGGCUGAAAUUGUGCCUUGCAUGACUGACCUCCACAAGCUAUACCUCAAUGCAGAGAGUCACCCACUACAGGCCAUCAGGGAAAAGUAUAAGAGUUCAAAGUAUUGUCGUGUUUCAUUGAUCACUGCACCUGCUGUUCUACCUUUCCUAUGAGUAACUUCCCCACCCUUCUUUGACGCUUCUCCUAGAACAUAAUCACAUUGAUACCAAAAUAAAUGCAGCUGAUUCUACAGCAAAUCCCAUAUAAGCUAAUGCCACACUCAUCUGGACUUGUUUAUAUUUUAUGCAAAUACAAUAAAUUCUUUCUAAUAAAACCUACUUAGUGACUGAAGAAUUUUAAUAAUUGGAGACAAGACAUUGAUACAAAAGGGUUUUAAAGCUGGUAAGUCAUCAGUUAUAAUAUAUACCUAUAUUUAAUUCAGAAUGAUGUCUUAAAUCAUGAAUU